AUGGGAUCCUCCCCCGUCACGGAAUCCGAUACCGCGGCAAGAGAAAUCCUCCAACUUGACUGGCCUAGUGUGUACGAUCUACAGGCGAAUAUUGAUCGCCUCACUAGGGAAAUAGCUUUUGAUGAAAACGACCAAUUAAUGGACCUGAUGCGGCCCAUUGACCUGGCCGACCAAGGAUCAGACGAAGUUUAUGUGACCGACGAGGAGCGUGAUUUUUACAAAAGACGCAGAGCCCUCCUGGAUAUGUAUCGGAGCUCCCGCGCACUUCUGCAAAGAUUUGCGGUCCCGGAAAGAUGCUAUCUUGGGCAUGUUGUGUUUGGAAGUGGUUUUUACCGGGCCAGGCGCAGCCGGGAGGAUGCCAUGCCUUCCAUCCGUGACUGGGCCCUCAUCCAAAUAGCACCGAAGCGGCUGGGCAAAAGAAAUGUCCACACCUACGGGCAAGAAUACCCCCCCCUUCGAGACGAUGGGGCUCGUCACUUCGCGCAAGCCAGAGGAACUUCAGACCCUCAUCAAAAGUGGGCGAUCGACUCGGGUGACAGAGGGGGGCCAAAUGGGGAGGAGUUCACCCUCGAAACCGAAGAGCACUCGGUCACCCCGUCCGAUGGGGGCCCCUUUGCAGAACCAGGGGACUCGGGAUCAUUGGUCUUCAACUCCGGUGGGGAUGUGGUAGGAAUUCUCGUGGCUGGGGGGAUGCGGGUGAAUGUGGCUUACUUCCAACACAUCAAGGAUGUGUUUGAAGACAUCAAGGAUGUCACUGGCGCCAUGGAUAUCCGACUGAUGUAA